AUGAAGUCUCGUCUGUACGCCCUUAUUUUAAUAUGUGUUAUAUUUAAUGAGACCGUAAUAAUAAAAACAGAGACUACUGAUAAUCCAGCAUCAUCUGAUUCUUCCACACCUGGCCCCGCAUCACCACCUGGCCCUCCAUCACCAUCUGGCCCUCCAUCACAUUCUGGCUCUCCACCAUCAUCUGAUCCUUCAACCCAAACAGAAUCUUUACCACAAAGUGAUAUACCUAAUUCUGCCGAAAAUCAAGUUGGUGUAUCCCACGUAUCAUCGAAUGAUUUAAAAACACCUUCAGGUAAUGCAGCCCCAAACAGUCCUGCUGAUUCAGAUACAACAUUGGAAACCGCAGAUCAAGGGCCAAGUCAAGGUAAACAUGAAGGUCCAGCUAAACCUCUUGAUGAAGCAGUAGAAACGGUUAGUGAAUCCUCAACCCUAUCUCAACCAGGAAGUUCUGGAAAUGAAACAGAAGGAUCUGAAUCCACUAGUACUUCUUCUGUUACGACUCCCAACAAAAUUCAGAUAAAAUCUGCCCUGUUAAAAGAUUUCAAUGGAGUAAAGGUUACUGGUCUGUGUGGUGCAAUUUUUGAUUUGACUCUCGUCCCUCACAUAUCAAUUACUGUAGAUACAGAUGAAAAUAUCAUUAAAUUGAGGCCUAAAUUUCAAAAAUUGAUUGAUGAAGAAACCUCAACAACAGCAGGAAUAGCGAAACUUUAUAAUGCUGUGCAUUUUGAGGAGAACCCAGAAAAUUUAAUAAACAAAUGUGAUAAGGAGAAUAAAAAGGAUCAGACUUUUAAAUUUGUAGUUUUUUAUGACGAGGAGGAAUUGACUCUUAAGUGGAAAGUGUACGAUAAUUUUGCCACGGGAAAUACAAAUAAAGAAGUGGAUGUGAGAAAAUUUCUCAUAAAAAAUUUAGAUCGUCCAUUUACAACUAUUCAAGUGCACGCAGCAAAAGUAAAUGAGGAUACCAUUUUAGUUGAAAGCAAAAGUUACUACUUCAAGAGUAACAUUCCAGAAAAGUGUGAUGUGAUAGCGACUGAUUGUUACCUAAACGGAAAUGUGAAUAUUGAAAAAUGUUUUCAGUGUACAUUGUUAGUACAAAACAAUGACGCAUCGAAUGAAUGUUUCAAGUAUGUCUCUUCUGAGAUUACAGAUAAAUUUAAUCAUAUAAAAGUGAAUGCACAAGAUGAAGACGAUUCAAAUGAAGUUGAAUUGAAGGCAUCAAUUGAUAAAAUCUUGGAAGGAUUAUAUAAAUAUGGAGAAAAUAAUAAGAAAUAUUUGAUAAAUUUGGAUGAAGUAGAUGUAUCUUUGAAAUCAGAACUAUUAAAAUUUUGCACUCUCCUGAAAAAUACAGAUUCCAGUGGGGCUUUAGAAAAUUACACAUUAGGAAACGCAGAAGACAUAUUUACCAAUUUAACAAACAUAUUGAAAAAAAACACAGAUGAGACAAAAUCUGCAAUACAGACUAAACUAAAAAAUGUUUCAAUAUGUAUGAAAAAUGUUGAUGAAUGGAUUCAAAACAAAAAGGGGUUGCAAAUUCCCACUUUAUCACACACAAGCGAAGAAUUUACUAAUUCCACGAUUACCAAGGAAGAAGAGGGAAAAACGGUUAAUUACAAUACAAAAAUAGUACGUGCACAAAAUAGUUCUUAUGAUGAUGUUAUUAAUCUGGUAUCAGCUGAAGAGAGAAAAAACUACAACGUGAUUAUUGAAGAUACCAUGUACUGCAAUGAUGAGUAUUGUGAUAGAUGGAAAGACGACAGUAGCUGUAUUUCCAAGAUUGAGGCAGAAGAUCAGGGAAAUUGUGCUACUUCUUGGUUAUUCGCAUCUAAAUUGCAUUUAGAAACUAUUAAGUGCAUGAAAGGGUAUGACCACGUUCCUACAUCUGCCUUAUACGUAGCUAACUGUUCGCAUAAAAAAGGGAAGGAAAAAUGCAACACGGCUUCUAGUCCGUUGGAAUUUUUGAAAAUUCUUGAUGGUGAGCAGUUCUUACCAUCUUCAUCAGACAUGCCAUAUUCGUACAAGCUGGUUGGCGAUGUCUGCCCCAAACCGAAACAUCACUGGACGAACCUGUGGAAUAACAUUAAACUUCUAGAACCCACAUAUAAACCCAACUCGCUAAGUGCAAAGGGAUACAUCUCUUAUCAAAGUGAUAAGUUUAAGAACAACAUAGACCAAUUUAUCAAUCUCGUAAAAUCCGAAGUAAUGAAAAAAGGUUCUGUCAUUGGAUAUGUAAAGUCUGACGAAGUGAUGGAUUAUUUUCUUAACGGAAAGAAAGUACUUAAUCUUUGUGGAGACAAAACAGCUGAUCACGCGUUAAACAUAAUCGGGUAUGGAAACUACAUAAACGGAGAGGGCGUGAAAAAAUCCUAUUGGCUUCUACGAAACAGUUGGGGUAAGUACUGGGGAGACAAUGGAAAUUUCAAAGUGGACAUGCAUACACCUGUACACUGCCAACACAAUUUCAUCCACACAGCUGCUGUGUUCAAUUUGGACAUACCUCCCUUCGAAACUGGUUCGAAGAAGAACUCGGAACUGAACAAUUACUAUUUGAAUAGUUCACCGGAUUUUUAUAGCAAUCUUUACUACAACAACUUUGGCGCUAAAAGUAGGGGUACUAAGAUCAGUGAAAAAGAUUUGGUUGGAAAUUCCUUGUUUUAUGGACAAGAAGAUGGUGAAAAGGUGGAACCUAAAAAGGAAGGAGGUGAUUCAUCCGAAUUAAAGGCAGGGGUAACACCAUCCGGCGAAGCAGAUGCAGCGGUAGGGCAAGGAGCACAAGUAGAUGCAGCUCAGAAAGGAAAUGAUCAAGUGUCAUCGGGUAAUGAUGCGGCACAAGUGGCUCCAACACAGCCAUCUGAUUCAGUAGCAUCAUCUCCAUCUGAAGAACAAGGAACCCCUCCUGUAACAACAGCAUUCGGUCCUGUAGUAACACCCACCGAUCCUUCAGUAAGACUAACGAGUCCUGCAGACACACCAACCGAUCCUGUGGUAGCACCAACUCAGAAUGAUGCAGUGCAAACCCAACAUGAAGUUCACAAAAUAGCAGGUACCCACCUUAAGAAUUCUAACAAGAUAAUCCAAGUGCUUCAUAUUUUAAAACACAUUAAACAUGGAAACGUAAAAACGGGCCUCAUUACAUACAAAUUGAAUGAAGCAAUGAACACAGAGCAUGUUUGUUCACGAUCUUCUUCAAAUUACCCCGAGAAGCAAGAAGAGUGCAUAAAGUUUUGUGAUGAUCACUGGAAUGAAUGCAAAGAUAAAAUUUCACCUGCAUAUUGUUUAACAAAAAAGAGAGGAAACAAUGAUUGCUUUUUCUGUUAUAUUUAA